CCUCUCUCUCUAUGAUUCUAUGAAAACAAAAUUUUGGGAUUCCCAAAGGAUGCAUGAACGGGACUAGACGACAUCGCAUGUUGCAUCCCUUUCAGAUAAAUAAAUACUCCUACGUAUGUACUAUAUUGAGGGACUAUAAAGCGUCCGGAAACAAGAUACCAAGCGUAAAGAAUGGCCGACAUGAUUUGUGAAACCAGUCCUUCACUCAUUGAAGGCAAAACGGGUUUCAAUAUUAAUCAGAUUCCAGAUGUGAAAGCUUGGAUUGAAUCUAUAUUUGUUGCCGCUGGUAAAGAUGUUCCGGACUUUGAGUACACACCUCAGAGCAUUUCUCAUUUGCAUAAUCUUGCCAUCCGAUUGCAAGCCAACACUCAAGCUGCGUUGAUAGUUGCAAAUGAUCUCCAUCAAAAAGCAGCUGAGUAUAGUUCCCAAGCUGCAAGGAUUAGAGAAGUAUUGGAGAAUGUAGGAUUGGCGCUAGACACUUUGCCACCGAACGUGGUUUCAGUAUCACAAGUUCUUGCGAAGGUGGCAAAUUUGUUGGACGUUAGAGAUACAGAAUUAAGUAGUUUUCUUAUAGCAAUUGGAGACAUAAAUUUAAGAAAGACGAAGGUUGAAACUAAGAGGACUCGAAUCCAAAGGGAGUCUAAAAUACUUCUAGAUCACACUCGAAAGGCAAUAGCGAGGUUGACUUAUUUCAAAAGAAUCCUUCAACAGCUGGAGGAUCAUGUAUCCCAUUCUGAGGCUCGGAUGGAAAAAUGGAAGACAAACUUAGCGGUUAUGGAUGCUAAACAGCAACAAUACCUGCAACAACAUGCUAACUUCAAGGAGUUACUCAAUCGUGUGGGAUACACUCCCGAGAUAAGUCACCGCGUUCUGGUUGAAAUGGCUGAGCAAAGGGCAGAGUUGGAGAAGAAAACAACACCCAUAGUUGAUACUUUGAGAAGCUACCAAGACUUGCCUCCAGAUAAAGCCCUGGCUGUUUUAGCCAUCGAGGACAAAAAAUGCGAAUAUGCUGCUGCCGAGAAGUAUCUUGAAGAUGUACUGCAGUCAGCUCUUGGGACGACAUAGUAACAUUCCAGUCUCUGGGCUUUUCAUACCAUAGUGUGUAGCCAGCCAUAUUUAUAAUAUACGCCUAUAUGUUUGCACAAGUAUUUUCUUUCCACUAACUAUGUCUGUUGAGCAAAUUCCAGUUUCCAUCUCUUCUGCGCCUUAGAAAUUUGUAAAUUCAACAUCUUGAGCUCAUGUGAGAUGGAGUAAAUUGUUCUACCUUUUCUGCGCCUUAGAAAUUUGUUUCUUCGUUUUAUGAUUUUAUGUGUGGUUCUUCAUGUCAAAACCUUCAGAGUGGGCAAUUGGUGGAACAAAUCCUUUGUAAAGGUGUAAAUCAAUGAAGCUUCAAGAGUCGGUAGCAAAGA